AUGGAUUCCCUGAAGCAAAAGGAGCAGGCUUGCACGAGACCAUUUUGUUUCUUCUGCACCAUGAAAGAACCAGACUUCUUUAAGAGGAGAGCUGGAAUAUCAGCAUGUUUCAAGGAACUACCACUCGGAGAAGACCAAGGAAAUGUUCUGGUGCUGAGCAGUCUAUGGCAAAUUGCUAUGACUCACCCUGAUGACCCAGAGUUCCCAUCCCUUGGAAUCUUUGAGUGCAUGGCAAAGCUAAUCUUCAAAGGCAUCAACAACAAGUGUUGGCUUCAAACAGACCAAAACAUCUACAUCCCUUACUAUGCGGCUCAUGUCAUUGGUUCUUACACCAUGAACAAGGCUGAGUUUGCUGAAAAGGCGGUAGCUUCAGGCGUAAUUCCACCAUUGCUUGAUCUUCUGAGAGGAAAGAUGAGUUGGGUUGAGCAAAGGGUUGCUGCUCGUGCGCUCGGUCACCUUGCAAGCUAUGAAAGAACCUCUGAAGCUGUAGCACAAUAUGAAGAAGAGGUGGUAAGAUCAGCCAUGAAAGUAGCUUCUACAUGUCUUCAUGUGGUGUAUGUGAGUUUUGUAGGAGUGAAGGAUAAGAGAAAAAGACAAAAAUACCACUGUGAUUUGCUCACAAGAGGUGUUGGUGGAUUAGAAAUGGAGAUUUGCAAGGCUGAGGAGUGGGCAAGUCAACUCCAAUGUUGGUCUCUCAAUAUUUUAAAUUGUUUUGCUUGCAAAGAAAAGUCUUUGAAUCUCAUUUGCAAGCAAGACUUUUUGAAACAAUUAUGUGGAAUGUGGGGUGGUUUGGCCAAUCGCUCAUCACCAGCUGGUGUUGGACUUAUUAGAAUCUUGUGUUACAGUAAAUAUGGGAGGAAAAAAAUUUCAGAGUCGAGAGAAGUUAUAGAGAGCCUCUGUAAUAUCUCGAGGUCUUCAGAUGAUUGGCAGUACAUGGGAAUCGACUGCCUUUUGCUGCUCCUCAAAGACCCAGAUACGAGGUACAAAGUUAUCGAUAUUGCUGCCUUGUUUCUUGUUGAUUUGGUUGAGCUAAGAAGCCUUGGGGAUAGAUCAAACUUAGGUGAAACAAUCACAAAAGCCCUACUUCUUGCAAAUUACAAGCAGGGAAAAUUGAACAAGAACAGGAAAAUUGAAAAGAAUUUAGAAGAGCUAUGGAAUUUGAAAGUGGAGAGGAGGAAGAGGGAAAGAGGAUUGUGUCAAGAAAAAAUUGAGAAAAGAAUGGUUUUGGUGGAUGUAAUAAAACAAGAAGCAAAUCAUAUGUUUUGUUUGGGAGAAAUAGAGGAAGCCAUAGUUAAGUAUUCUGAAGCAUUAGAAUUGUGCCCAUUAGGGUUGAGAAAAGAAAGAAUGGUGCUUUAUAGCAACAGAGCUCAGUGUCAAUUGCUGAUGAGGGACUCAGAUGCUGCCAUUAGGGACUCAACCAGAGCUCUAUGCUUGUCAACUCCAGUGAAUUCUCAUAGUAAAAGCCUCUGGAGAAGAUCACAGGCUUAUGACAUGAAAGGGUUGGCUAAAGAAAGCUUGAUGGACUGUUUGGCGUUCAUCAAUGGCUGCAUCAAGUCUGAGAGUAGCAGGCGGGUGAAGAUUCCACAUUAUGCUGCACGUAUGAUCAGCAAACAGAUGGAGGCCACGUGGCUCUUCGCGACUGCCCGGUCAACGAUGGCUACUCGUCAAGACUUUCAAGUGAUGAAACAAGUACAAGAAUCAGAAGGGCAGGGUAACUUAUGUGAAAGUGGGGAUGACAAGCAAGAUUACCGUGAUGAAAUUAUGAGAGUUAUGAUGGAGAAAAAAGGUCUGUCCACCAUUUUAGAAGAACCUUUAAUUGUAAAGGAAGAGAGUAGGAGGAAGAUGGAAAGGACAAGAAGGGUGUAA